AUGGUACGCUUGAAGUUGGAGAUCCAAGCAGACCUAGAGAAUGUCACGGAUCUGAGACCCUCUUCCAACGAUUUUGAUUUCUUCUUCAAGGUCACCUGUACUUCUUGUCAUGAGAUGCACCCAAAGCCCGUGUCGGUUAAUCGUGCGCAAGAGCGCGAGGUUAGCGGAGGCAAGCACGCCACCGCCCAUUUCGUUUGGCGUUGUGGAAACUGCAAACGAGAAAGCUCUGCAAAGUUUGACCCCUCCGCUGCUGUUCGUCCCUAUAGCGAUUCUGGUAACUUUGCGGAACUUCUUGUGAUCGAGUGCAGGGGUUUGGAAUUUGUUGGUUUUGAUCCUAGGGGGACUUGGGCAUGCAACGGCACUAAGGGCCAAUCAUUUGAAGUGGAAUUCCAGGACAACGACUGGGUAGACUACGACGAGAACGCACGCCUCCCUGUCCAGAUCAAUUUCAAAGGGAGUCGAUGGAGUAGGGCGUAA